GAGAUCACACGACGCCAUUUUUGCUGACCGACGUACUAUUGUUCUAUUUUUGAAUUUUACCGCGAAAGUUUCUUAAUCUGUCAUAAGGCAAAUGGCUUUUUUGGCGUAUGGUGUAAAUCCAGUCAACAGUUUUAAUGGUUAAAUUCUACAAAAAUAUUAUUAUAAUAAAGUUCAUACUGAAUCUUUGACUUUAGAAAAUAUCACAGUGGAUCCCUUUGUAAAGAGAAAGAUGAAAGUUUUUAAGAAGAAGCUCCGUUUCUCAAUAGCCUUCAACUACGUUUGAACUUUUAUUCGCGUUGUAGCUGUUUAUUUUGCAAGUAUUUCACAUAUCAGCAGCGACAAGAUAGAUUAAGCGGAAAUUUAUUCAAGAUAAUUGAGACGACAACGGCUUUUCGCAGAUUUUCAACAAUGAAUCACAGAAGUAUAUAUUACAUCGCUUGCUUCGCUGCCCUUGUUUUCUCUGUAGCAAAAGCUCAAGAAUUAUCAAAAGGUGAAAUGCAGACAGUUCUUGAAACUACGACAAAAUACAGCAUAGAAACAGUAGCACCAUUUAACGAACGUUUUGAAGAACAACAAUUAGCAGAUAGUUCAUCUUCCGGAAACGUAAAUAAUAAAGACAUAGUAAAUAAAAAUAUAAUGAAAAUAACACAAGAAAUUGCAGGAAAGAGAGCUUCAGCUAAAAGGCAGUAUAAUAAAUCAAGAGCUCAUGUAAGAUAUGAUGAAGUGACUGGAGAAUUAAUUAACGGUGAUCAUCCCUGUCAUCGCGAAUGUAUCGAAGGAGAAGAACCUAUGAUUUGUCAUUAUCAUUUCAAUAUAGAAUGGUAUCAAACUAUGAGUAAAGCUUGUUAUGAUUGUCCAUACAAUGCAAGCGACUGUUCAAGAAUGGAUUGUAUUCCUGCGGAUGGAAUUAGUAGGCCGUUGAACGUUGUCAACAGAAAAAUGCCAGGACCUGCUAUUGAGGUAUGUCAUCAUGAUAGAAUCGUAGUAGAUGUAGAAAAUCACUUAAUGACGGAAGGUACUACAGUACAUUGGCACGGUCAGCACCAAAGAGGCAGUCCCUAUAUGGAUGGAACUCCUUACGUUACUCAGUGUCCUAUUUUGCCUGAAUCAACCUUCAGGUAUCAAUUUAACGCGUCGCACGCCGGAACUCAUUUUUGGCACUCACAUUCGGGCAUGCAAAGGGCGGAUGGCGCUGCUGGUGCAUUGAUUAUCAGAAAGCCAAAGUCUCAGGAUCCUCAUGGCCGGCUUUAUGACUACGACAGAUCAGAACACGUGAUGAUAGUAACGGAUUGGAUCCACGAAUUGUCUGUUUCAAUGUUCACAGACCACCACCAUUCAACAGGUGAUAACAAGCCUCCCACUUUGUUGAUUAAUGGUGUGGGUCGAUUUAGAAUCUUCAAUGAAACUACCGAACCUGUUUACAUGAAAGCCGCGAGAUUUGAUGUUGAGCAGGGUUACAAAUAUCGCUUCCGAGUGAUCAAUGCUGAGUUCCUUAACUGUCCCAUUGAGAUGUCAGUAGAUGACCAUAAUAUUACUGUUAUUGCAUCUGACGGUUAUGAUCUGGAACCGAUAACAGCAACAUCCCUGGUGACUUAUGCCGGUGAGCGUUACGAUUUUAUUCUCGAGGCAAACAAGGAAAUUAGUAACUAUUGGAUUAGAUUCCGCGGACUUAUGGAUUGUGAUGAAAGGUUUACAAAAGCAAAACAAGUUGCUGUACUACAUUACGAAGGCGCGAUGGAUUUGGAACCAUCAGGGGAUCCAACCUGGGAAGAGUCGCAUAAUGAAGGACUGCAACUGAAUGCACUAAAUAAAGGUGAAGAAGAAAAUGAAACAAUAAGUGUAGCUGAAAUGAGGUCCCUUGAAGGCUAUGAUGACAGUUUAAAAGAAGUCGCGGAUUAUCAAUUCUACGUGGCUUACGACUUUUAUCCUAAAAAUAAUUCCCAUUUUCACAAGUCGCCUUAUUAUGGCUAUUACCAAGUGCCAAACGUAGAUAAUCGUCUGUACACCCCACAAUUGAAUCACAUCAGUAUGAAGAUGCCUUCCAGCCCACUUCUUAUCGACAGACCUUCACCAGAAAACUUUUGUAAUGCUUCAAGUAUCGACGAAUCUUGCAAAGCCGGCUACUGUGAAUGCCCACACGUUUUAUCAGUCAGAAAAAAUUCUGUAGUUGAAGUUAUUAUAGUGGACGAAGGAGUAACAUUUGACGCAAACCAUCCUUUCCAUUUACACGGUCAUAAUUUUAGAGUUGUUGGAUUGAGACGUUUAUCCAAUCGUACAACAAUUGAAGAAAUAAAAGCUUUUGACGAAGCAGGGUUAUUGAAAAGAAAUCUUAAAAAUGCCCCAUUAAAAGAUACAGUAACAGUACCUGAUGGUGGUUACACAGUUAUUAGAUUUAAAGCUGAUAAUCCUGGAUAUUGGUUGUUCCACUGUCAUAUAGAGUUCCAUGUCGAAGUAGGUAUGGCUUUAGUAUUUAAGGUAGGUGAACAUAAAGAUAUGGAUCCAGUACCACCCGAAUUUCCUACAUGUGGUAGUUAUAUGCCAAAGAAUAUGCCAGAGCAUACUACUACGGAAAAACCAAAAGAUAAUCACUACAUAUCUAUUACACAUUGGUGGCCUGUAGUAGUGACGAAUAAUACUGGUACGUCAUCAGCAAGCAGCUUAUCUUCUUUAAAUGGAUUUAUACUACUAAGCAGUAUUUGGAUUUUGAAAUUAGUUACCGGAACUAAAUUAUUAAUAUUUGUUUAAACUGUAUUUCGUAAAACGAAAUAAUUUCAAUAGAACAAAUUAUUUAAUAAGAUUUUGUACUUACAACGCUCAGAGCGAAGUCACACGAUGUGUUGCGGGGCUUGUGCGAUAUCGCAUUGAAAUUAUUUCGCCGUACGGGUGUCACACAGCCGGUGCACCUUUUUAAUGCAUCGAUGGUAGAUUUAGUGAGGAAAGUAAAUGUAAAGCGUGCAGCGAUGUGGGACAUCCAACGCUCAUUAUAUACACCCGAUUUUGUGGUAUGUCUUGUAUGACAGUCGUUUGAAAUGUAUCUCAAACGCAUCGUCGCAUCCUACGCCAUAGCUGGGCGUGCAAAGGUCCAAACAUCAUGUGCCACUAAAACGCUCUUUUACACACCGUGUUGCCUCGCCCUUAGUAUAUUCAAUUCAACUAGUUCAUGAUAAAAUGUUUUUAUUAUUUCGUAAUUGUUAUUUAUCGCAAAGUACUUAUAGUAUUUGUUAUUUAUUUUAAUAUUAUAAGAUAAUCGAUACAUAAUUCAGUGAGUACAGUCUUAGCGUUGUAGAUUUUGUAAAAGUAUUUUGUAAGAUUUACAGUCUGUGAUCAAAGUUUAAAAUCGUGACUUGCCAAAAAUUAUGAUGCAAAACAUUUUCAGAAAAUGUUUUGUGAUGUUAUCGAUGUGUGAAAUGUCGCUGAUGAUAUGUGAUAUUACUUAGGUAAUGUAUUAUAACUUAUAAGUUAUUUUAAAUAAAAUUGUUAAGUAUUUUGCAGUAAAAUUAAAUAAAGAUGCAAGUAAUUUU